UUCGCAUCACUUUUGUCCAGCCUCUGCGCUCGGCUCAAAUAAAUACCGACUUGUUCGAAUCGCUCGGUCCCGAUUCAUUAAAACCCAUCUGCGUCAGUGAGGAGAGGCCACUUCAUCUAUCCUUCAUACAUAGCGCUACUCACCUGCAGACCAAUCAACAUGACACAUCAGUUUCCAGCUCUCUCUACAGAGCAGAAGAAGGAGCUUUCCACAAUUGCCCAGAGUAUUGUGGCAACUGGAAAAGGCAUCUUGGCUGCAGAUGAGUCCACAGGCACCAUGGCAAAUCGUUUUCAGAAGAUAAAUGUGGAGAACACCGAAGAGAACCGUCGUAGCUUUCGUGACCUCCUCUUCUCUGUAGACAAUUCUAUCUCUGAAAGUAUUGGCGGUGUCAUCUUUUUCCACGAAACACUGUACCAGAAAUCAGACAAAGGAGUUCUUUUUCCAAAAGUCGUCAAGGACAAGGGCAUCGUAGUUGGUAUCAAGGUGGACAAAGGCACAGCAGGCCUGGGCGGUACAAAUGGAGAGACAACCACACAAGGAUUGGAUGGUCUUUCUGAACGCUGUGCCCAGUACAAGAAGGAUGGUUGUGACUUUGCUAAGUGGCGUUGUGUACUCAAAAUUUCUGACGGCUGCCCCUCUGCUCUUGCAAUUGCUGAAAACGCUAACGUUCUUGCCAGAUAUGCCAGCAUUUGCCAACAGAAUGGCUUGGUUCCCAUUGUAGAGCCAGAGAUCCUCCCAGACGGAGAUCAUGAUCUGCAACGGUGCCAGUACGCCACUGAGAAGGUCCUGGCGGCUGUGUACAAGGCUCUCUCUGACCACCAUGUUUAUCUGGAGGGAACUCUGCUGAAACCAAACAUGGUCACUGCUGGACACUCCUGCACCAAGAAGUACACCCCUCAGGAGGUUGCCAUGGCAACAGUUACUGCUCUCAGACGCACUGUGCCAGCUGCUGUACCAGGCAUCUGCUUCCUCUCUGGUGGUCAAAGUGAGGAGGAGGCCUCUCUGAAUCUGAAUGCCAUGAACCAGCUUCCCCUGCACAGACCCUGGAAGGUGAGCUUCUCUUAUGGCCGUGCUCUCCAGGCCUCGGCUCUUGCCGCAUGGAAGGGACAAGCAGCGAACAAGAAGGCUGCACAGGAUGCCUUUGUCACACGUGCCAAGAUCAAUAGUCUUGCAUCAAAAGGCGAAUACAAACCCUCAGGCAAGGCUGACCAAGCAUCUAAACAGUCCCUCUUUACCGCCAGCUAUGCCUACUAAACUCAAUAACAAACAACAGCAACUUGUUCUGGACAAAACAAAAUUUACAUGCAAACAUACCAAAAGAUAUUGAAGAUGAUCUGACAACUAGGGGUUGCACAGACUAGUCGACUUUAAUGCUCUGCCAUAACACUUUAAGCUUGACGUUGACUUGACACUGAUCAUGGCCUAUAGAGGGUGCAACAGGAACAGGACCUUUGAAGUCCACUUCAAACACACAUUCAUAUAAAUGUAAUUUUUACGGUGCUACUUUAUCUGUAUCUGAUUUAGAACGAGCAGAAAUCUGUGAGAAAUAUAACAACCCAAAAACGGAUAAAAAUAAGCUGUUAUGUAGGAGCAAUAGCCUUGUGGGUAGCACUGUGUCAUGCCAUAACUGUACACAAGGCAACCCACGUUUCGAGUCAGACCCAUCCUUCUACUCGAGGUUCAGGCUUAUUUGUUCAUUAAUUACAUCAUCAGUGACUAGUCGACAUCGACCUAAAAACAUCUGAAGUUGUUCAACCCCCUGCUGACAACACAUUAAUGCGUACACUUGUUAAUUGUACUAAAAAGAAUGUUCAACCUAAAAUGACCCAAAAACAGACCGUGGAUUAGUUUCAUUUUUAAUUCAUGUCACUAAUGCUUUUCAUUUUGAAUAAAUGAUACACUUUA